AUGGGCGCUGAGGGCUCCAAAACCACGCAGGACCACCCUGCCCGACUGGUGCCUACAACUACCACUGUCAACAAAGCGAAACUGCAGUCCAAGUGGUGGACCUUACAGGUGAGUGGUGCUGCCGCUGCUCCUGCUUGCUUGGAAGGUUAUGGGCGCCAGUAUGCCUCAUUGUUUGAGCGCCACUGUGGUGAUAAUCGGAAAGAGCAUCAGAGAUGUAUGCGGAAGGGGAAGUUUGACCCUUUGGAUAUGAAGACAUGGUAUCCAACAUGCGGCGAGUCUUAUGAAUUUGAAACAUCAUGUGCCAUCAGCCUACUCCAGGAGGUGGACGCACGGUGCCGCCCGCAGCUGGACAGCGCGGCAGAGGCGCUCAGCGCGGGGCAGACCAACCCGAAGCUGGCAAAGCAGAUGGAAAGCAUCGGCCAGUGUAUGGCCCAGCUUGCGGGAGACAAGGGAGUGAAGUUGCAGCUUGACGCGGCCCAGGCCAAAGAGAGGUACAGACUGAGCAGCCAGUUGCUGUCCAGAUGA